GGAGGAGGAACUGGGAGGGAGGAGCGGGGGAGGCAUUUCAAUGCAGCAAGGCAGCAGCUGAGCGGGAGCGGAGACCCCCUUCAGGAGGAGCCCUCCCCAGACACCCCCUUCCCAGCUGGGGAGGCUUGGGGGGGCCCUGUGGCAGAGGGACCCCCCUGCGAAAGGCAGAGCUGCUGGGCAGCCAGCGUGGCACUGUGGCACCCCCCCACCCAAACUUGCAAGGUGCCAGCCCAGUGCAUUUGCUGGGCGAUGCCAAUCAUCUCUCUCUCUCUCUCUCUCCUUCUCCGACAGGACCAGCACCCGCCCUGGCUAGGGUGCCCAUGCAGCGGUGCCAACUGGGCACCGGCGCCCCGAGAGAAUUGCUUCCCAGAGCUUGAAGGAGCCCGGCGGUGGGAAGGGGCAUCGGAAGGGUUGGCAGCAGCAGCAGCGGAAGGGCACCGGGAUGUCUGGCGAGAGCGAGGAGAUUACCCGCCUCCGCAAGCCCCGCUUCUCCUACGAGGAGAACCAGAUCCUGAUCCAGGAGGUCCGUGCCAACUACGCCAAGCUGUACGGCACCCAGAGCCGGCGGGUGACGGUGGCCGAGCGGCGGAGGGUGUGGGAGGGCAUCGCCGCCAAGAUCAACAGCAUCACCAGCUGGAAGCGGACCGGGCAGGAGGUGCAGAAGCGCUGGAAUGACUUCAAGCGCCGCACCAAAGAGAAGCUGGCGAGGGUGCCCCAUUCCACGCAGGGGGCCGGCAGCGCCUGCGACGAGACCUUCUCGGCCGAGGAAGAGACCAUCUUCGCCAUCCUGGGGCCUGGCGUGGUAAUGGGGGCGGGCGGGGUGGAACCCGGAGCCUUGCAGAACACGACGGGGUUCGCCACCCCCAGUUACCGGCUGGCGGCUGAGCAUGGCGCAGAUAUGCCAGCCAGGGGCAACCUUUCCUGCAGCCCAGAGACUUCGGCGCGGACUUCCUGCUGCACCCUGAACGGGGGUCUACUGAGGCCCAAGGAACGCGACUCGCCGGCGCCCCCUUCAGCCCAGCCCGCCUCACUGCAGAUCAUCCAAAUGGCGCCUUCUCCGGCCAGCUUAGGCUGCAGGCCGCACCCGGAGCACUCCCCCGCGGAGCCGCUGGGCAGCACCCCGUGCCCCUCUGCCUCGCCACCCCUGCGGCGCCGGCGCACCCGCCUCGACCUGCCCGCCGAGCCCCCUCUGGACUUCUUGCAGGCCCAGCGGGAGACGGCCGAGGCCGUCCGCGAGCUGACCUACACGCUGCGGCAAGGCCUGGAGCGGCUGACCGACGUGGUGGCGGCUUUGCUGCCCCUCCUUCCUGCCCAGGCGAACGGCCUGCUUCCCCCGCAGGGGGAGAGCCCGAGCCCCGCGCCGCCGGCCCCUUCCUCGGAGACCCCGCCACCCAGGGGCACCUUCGCCACCAAGGAGGAGCCGUCCCCGGAGAGGAAAGAGGACGAAGGGGGUCCUGUGCCCGAGGAAGGCCAGCCUGCGGCCAAAAGCGGGCCGUCCCCUGCGCCCCAGAAGCGGAGGAAAGGGAUCCCCACGCGGAAACGCAGGGGGCGCUGGAAGAACUUGUGAGCGCUGCCAAGGACCUGGUGCUGACGCUGCCCCCUAUGGGGGGGGAAGACACAUGGGGCAGAUGCCCAGCGAGAAGAACGACUUCUCUCAACGCUCUGCCCCAAAGGAAUCUCCAAAGGUUGCUCGUUCCUUUGCAAAACACAGUCCAGACUCAACCCCGGGCCCUGUGGUGUUGGUUGCAAGGGGUCUCCACCACCCCCACCCCCAGGCCACGCCGGGUAGCCUGUCAAUGCUCAAGAAACACCCCUCGCCACCCGGUUUUUGCAGCCCCACGUGAGGCAGUGGGGCCAGGAGUGUUUGCCAAAGUCCUUGCAAGCGGCAACGCACAGCUGCUGGGUCGUGCAUUUUUUUGCGGGCGCCUGAAACCCAGGAUGGAAAGCCAACCAGAAAAGGGGAAAUCGGACAGACUGUCCCCCCCAAAAAACCCCCCCCAACCCUCUGCCAGCUCCCCAGCUUUGGCAGUGUCUCCCCCCCCCCUCAACUCACCCAGUCCCAAUUGCUUUUUGCAUUAAGACACUCUUGGGGGGGGGGGAAAUACGGGGUGGGGAGGGUUUUUGCCGCCUCCCUGUCCCACAAAGACCAACUUCCCUCUCUUCGAAGCCCUUCCCAGCGCCUUAAAAGCCAAAAGACUGAAAAGCCCCAACGUGGAGGGGCAGGGGCAAGGUUGCCCAAAAGCAGCUCUCGGCCAUUCCGGCAUACGUUGAAGCCAUUCCGGCCAUUCCUUUUGCUCUGCCCCGUCCCCUACGGAAGCUCAAUAAACUAUUUUCGUACUACA